ACCCAGAAUUCGGCGCGGGCAGGCACAACCCGGGUGCACCUUCGGUGCGGGCGGGAACGAGCACCAGAAACCGAUGUGGGCGGGCGAGAACGAAACCCAGAAAACAACGCGGGCGGAGUCGAGAACCCUAGAGCGACGUGCGCAGGGCCCAGCUGGAGACUCGAGGUUCGGCGCGCGCGGGGACGAGAAGCAGCGCUCGGGCACGCGGGGACGGCGGCCCGCGCGGGCGGGUGCGGCCUUUGUCUACUCCUACCGCGCGCUCCGCGGCUGCACCCGCCCCAUGCUCCCGCGGUCCCUCCGCGCCCCCGCCGCCCGCUGCCCCUGACCUGCCCUGCCCUCGCCAUGGCCGAAGCCGCCUCUGGCUCCGGGGGCACGUCCCUGGAGGGCGAGCGCGGCAAGAGGCCCCCGCCAGAGGGCGAGCCGGCAGCCCCGGCGUCCGGAGUUCUGGAUAAGCUUUUUGGAAAGCGGCUCCUGCAAGCUGGUCGAUACCUGGUGUCCCACAAAGCGUGGAUGAAGACUGUGCCCACGGAGAACUGCGACGUGCUGAUGACCUUCCCAGACACAACGGAUGACCACACGCUGCUAUGGCUGCUGAACCACAUCCGCGUGGGCAUCCCCGAGCUCAUUGUGCAAGUCCGCCACCACCGCCACACGCGUGCCUAUGCCUUCUUCGUUACCGCCACGUAUGAGAGCCUACUCCGAGGGGCCGACGAGCUGGGUCUGCGCAAAGCAGUGAAGGCUGAGUUUGGCGGGGGUACCCGCGGCUUCUCCUGCGAGGAGGACUUCAUCUAUGAAAAUGUGGAGAGUGAGCUGCGCUUCUUCACCUCCCAGGAGCGCCAGAGCAUCAUCCGCUUCUGGCUUCAGAAUCUGCGUGCCAAGCAGGGUGAGGCGCUGCACAACGUGCGCUUUCUGGAGGACCAGCCAAUUAUCCCUGAGCUGGCGGCCCGUGGGAUUAUCCAGCAAGUGUUCCCGGUCCACGAGCAGCGCAUCUUGAACCGCCUCAUGAAGUCAUGGGUGCAGGCUGUGUGUGAAAACCAGCCUCUAGAUGAAAUCUGUGACUACUUUGGUGUGAAGAUUGCCAUGUACUUUGCCUGGCUGGGCUUCUACACAUCGGCAAUGGUGUACCCAGCUGUCUUUGGCUCUGUACUCUAUACCUUCACAGAGGCUGAUCAGACAAGCCGAGAUGUAUCCUGUGUGGUCUUUGCCCUGUUCAACGUGGUCUGGUCGACGCUAUUCUUGGAGGAGUGGAAACGGAGGGGGGCGGAGCUAGCCUACAAGUGGGGGACGCUGGACUCACCUGGGGAAGCCGUGGAAGAGCCACGACCCCAGUUCAGGGGCGUGCGACGCAUCAGCCCUGUGACGAGGGCUGAGGAGUUCUACUAUCCACCCUGGAAGCGGCUGUUCUUCCAGCUGUUUGUGAGUGUUCCCUUGUGCCUCACCUGCCUGGCCUGCGUGUUCCUGCUUAUGCUCGGCUGCUUCCAACUGCAGGAGCUGGUGCUGAGUGUGAAAGGGCUGCCUCGUCUCGCUCGCUUCCUGCCCAAGGUCGUGCUGGCCUUGUUGGUCAGCGUAAGCGCAGAGGGCUAUAAGAAGCUUGCUAUCUGGCUCAACGACAUGGAGAAUUACCGGCUGGAAAGCGCCUAUGAGAAGCACCUUAUCAUCAAGGUCGUCCUGUUCCAGUUCGUCAAUUCCUACCUGAGCCUCUUCUACAUUGGCUUCUACCUCAAGGACAUGGAGCGCCUGAAAGAGCUCCUGCUCGUCCUGUCCCUGUCCCAGAGCCUCGAGCGGCAGCUUCGGGCGGUGCUGGUCCCGCUCGCGGCCCUGCGGUUCCGCCUGCUCCUCCUCUCCCUCCGGGGCCUCCUGCGCCUGGCCCGGGCCAAAAUGCUGGCCACUCUGCUGAUCACCCGCCAGUUCCUCCAGAACGUUCGCGAGGUCCUGCAGCCACACCUGUACCGGAGGCUGGGCCGUGGCGAGCUUGGCCUGCAGGCCGCCUGGGAGCUGGCCCGGGCCCUGCUUGGCCUGCUCAGCCUCCGGCACCCUGCACCCCACCGCCUUGAAGCCCAGGCCGAAGAGGGUGGUGGGAGCAGUAGUGGAGGGAGCCGCAGAUGUCUCAGCGGGGGCUGUGGGGCACCUGAGGAGGAGGAGGAGGCUACAGUGGAGCAGCGGCCAGCAGGGGAGGGAGGGGAGGUGGGGGAGAGGCUGCGGGGCGGCAAGGAGGAGGAAGAGGAGGAUGAGGACGAGGAAGACGAGGAGGAGGAGGAUGAGGAGGAGGGCGAGGAGGGUGGACUCCUGGACUGUGGGCUUCGUCUGAAGAAGGUCAGCUUUGCUGAGCGGGGGGCUGGGCGACAUCGGCCUGGCCCAAGCCCGGAAGCCCUCCUGGAGGAGGGGAGCCCCACAAUGGUGGAGAAGGGGCUGGAGCCCGGUGUGUUCACGCUGACGGAGGAGGACGAUGAGGCGGAGGGGGCUUCUGGCAGCCCUGAGCGGGAGCCCCCAGCUGUCCUACUCCGCCGGCCCAGGGGUGAGGGCCGUGACCAGGGGCCAUAUGGGGGACCAGAGCCAGAGCCUGGCUCGGGUGACUCAGCCCGGAGGCAGCGGCGGCAAAACCGGUCCUCUUGGAUCGACCCGCCCGAGGAGGAGCACUCACCCCAGCUCACCCAGGCUGAGCUUGAGAGCUGCAUGAAGAAGUAUGAGGACACGUUCCAGGACUACCAGGAGAUGUUCGUGCAGUUUGGCUACGUCGUGCUCUUCUCGUCCGCCUUUCCCCUGGCUGCACUGUGCGCCCUCAUCAACAACCUCAUUGAGAUCCGCAGUGACGCCCUCAAGCUGUGCACGGGGCUGCAGCGGCCCUUUGGGCAGCGGGUUGAAAGCAUCGGCCAGUGGCAGAAGGUGAUGGAGGCCAUGGGCGUCCUGGCAAUCGUAGUCAACUGCUAUCUCAUUGGCCAGUGCGGGCAGCUGCAGCGCCUCUUCCCCUGGCUCAGCCCUGAGGCAGCCAUCGUGUCCGUGGUGGUGCUCGAGCACUUCGCUCUGCUUCUCAAGUAUCUUAUCCACGUGGCCAUCCCUGACAUCCCGGGCUGGGUAGCUGAGGAGAUGGCCAAGCUUGAGUAUCAGCGCCGGGAGGCUUUCAAGAGACAUGAGCGCCAGGCCCAGCACCGCUACCAGCAGCAGCAGCGGCGGCGGCGGGAGGAGGAGGAGCGCCAGCGCCACGCAGAGCACCACGCCCGGCGGGAGCGGGACACCAGUGGCCGGGAGGAGGCGCGAGCAGAGGGCUCCGGGCUGGACCCCACUGCCCCUGAUAAGGCCUCAGCCAAGGCCAAAGGCAGCGGGGCAGGUGGCCACGGGCCGGAGCGGCCCAAGCGCCCAGGGUCUCUGCUGGCACCCAACAAUGUCAUGAAGCUGAAGCAGAUCAUCCCACUACAGGGCAAGUUCCUGUCGUCAGGGGCUGCGUCCUCCCUGGCAGGCACGGGGCCCAGCCCCGCCACCCGGCUGCCCCCGGCCCAGUCGCCUACGGGCAGUGACACCCGCCUGCCCGCCUUCCUCAGCUUCAAGUUCCUCAAGUCUCCGGAAACCCGGCGAGACCCUGAGCGCAGCCACUCACCGCCCAAGGCCUUCCACGCCGGCAAGCUCUUCCCCUUUGGCGGGGCCCGGGCUGAGACCGGGGCCAAUGGGGCGGGCGGGCAGGCCCGGCUGGAUGGGACCCCCGGCGGUGGCAGUGGCAGCGGCAGUGGCCGGUCUCAGUGCAGUGGGCCGGCGGAUGAGGCUGCGCCCGAGGAGCCGGACGUCCCCCGGCCUGAAGAGGAAGGCUCAGGGACAGCACUGGCCCUCGUGGGCGCCCCUGCCCUUCGCACCCACCGCAGCCGGAGCCCCGCGCCAUCAACACCAACGCCGCUGCCCCGGCCCCCGACGCCGCCCACCGGCUGCUGGCAGUGGGACAGGCCAUGGGGAUGCGGGGGUGAGGGUGCCGCCCCCCGCCAGGCUCCCACCGCCGACACCGAGUGCCCACCCUGUGCCCUGGCCGGGCCCCCGCCUGGCCCCCAGCCCCUGCCGGGGGAUACCAGCUUCUACAGUCUAGCGCCUCCACCGCUACCGCCAUCCUCCGAGCCCCCCGCGCCCUCGCCCAGCCCCAGCCCCAGCCCCAGCCCCAGCCCCCAGGCUGUUUGCUGGCCCAGCGGCUGGCACUAGCUCUGCCAGGCGCCCUGCCUUCCUGUUCUCAUGCAAUAGCAGCCAAGGAGGGGCGGCCGCCACCCAGGAAAUGCUUUGGCCCCGCGUCCCCCAGUAUUGGCUGCCCCCGCCAAGGGGCAAGGGCCUGGGCAUCCUUAUCUGCCGUUUUCCUUUUGACUGGAUGGGGGAGAUGAAAGGAAACACCCCCCCAAAAAAAACCCAGAAAACACAGAAU